ACGAUAGAAUUAGGCUUGAUUUUACAAACUUUCUCCUUCACAUACAUUAUGAUAAAAUGACACUUUGGGACAAAAUAAAGUUGUUGGUCACAAAACGAGAAGCUAAUGGUGUAGAUACAUACGACAUGAAGCAAUUAUUGGAGGAUGCGCUGCAAGAAACAAUAUUCGAAGGCUCAGAACUUACUGCCCAAGAGGUUGCAGCUCGUGCUAUAAGCGGAGAUACUAUGAAAAAACUUGGAGUUGAGAGAAGAAAUUUGUUAAGACAAACUUUAGGAGCUUUAAUACUCGACAUUGCAAGCUUCCCAACAAACCAUAAUAUGGAAUUUAAAUACACAUGUCGACUCAUAGGAUUGUUCAUAAGUACAAAAUAUACAGGCUCGUGGACAAGAACAGCCGAAGUUUCGCCUGAUGGUAUUUGUGUUAUACAAUAUGGACCGCAUUACACGGUUCAAUGCAAAUACGCUAUGAUUGGGCCUAUGGAGAUCCUACGUUGUCUAAAGGGCUCAACCUGGAACAACAUCAUAGAGUUGCUGAUAACAUAA